AUGCAGCCCUCCACCAAGCCGGCAGCCAAAUACUCGAAAAAGGGUCCAGCCUCUGACAGACCUAGUCAGAACCAAGCCCCAGCUGAGGUAGCAUCAUGGUCGCAGUCCAAGAGAUGGCUAAGCUCGGAGACCAAAGAGCGCAGGGCAUUUCAAAAGAUGAUGCUUAACCUUCAGUUCAUGAAGGCCGACCAGUCACCUUUUAUUCCAAAGACUCCGGCGGAACUGACCAAGUUCAAGAUCUCUCUUGCAGAAGCCAGACAACAGAAGCUUGCCCACGAGGUCAGCAUCCUGGAAGCAAAAACUCGGCAAAAAGAGCUGGCGAAGGCGUCGGGCUUGGCACCGGUAUCCAAGCCGCAGGUCACUCUGUUCAACGGACGAGACAUGGGGGACAGGCUUUCUCCGGUGUUUGCUGCUCAAAAUUGCUUCAACAAACAAGAUAUAGCUAAAGUCAACGGCCGUGUGGAAUGGCCAUCGCUAGCUGAGCUGAAAGAAGAAGGCGACAGACGUACUAGAUAUGGCCGAUACCUCCCCCUUCCUCGAAUCAACGCCGUCGCUUUCAAAAUCCCGGGGGGAGAGCAGGAACACGCCUACGAAGCAGACGGAACCAUCUUGUAG